AUGGUCCAAGUAUCCUCCUUAGCAUUAGUAGGCUACCUCGCACCAGUCCUCGUCACGUUUCUCCUCUUCGUAACAUGGCUCAUCCUCGGCGCCCGCAGACGUCGUCGCCGUCAUCGCCGCUAUGGCCCUCAACACCCCUACCCAGACGCCGAAAUGGCAGCGCCUGAAGGCCACACUCGGAUCGUAAUUUCGCAGCAGCUCAUCGAGGAGCUGUAUCCGCAACUGCGAUACAAAGACUGGUUUAAGGAAAAUCAUAUUCAGCAGCAGCAGCAGCAUCUAUCAUCAGGGGCGAUAUCGCGAGCGAGAUCCACGUCCGGGAAUAAUUCCGGUGAAUCACCAGACAAGAGCAACAUCAACACCAGUCAAGAUAGAGACAAAGACACGGAUGAUAUAGAUACAGAUACAGACAGAGACAACCACCGCACGUGCGCAAUAUGCAUGGAUGAGUUUGCUGACGAUGACGAGAUCCGAUCCCUGCCGUGCAGGCAUAUCUUCCAUAUGGAGGAGUUGGCCUUGGAGAAGAGAAUCGCAGAGGGCGAGUGCCAGGGUGAUUUCGGUACCGGAGGCGGCGGUUAUUAG